AUGGGGUCCAGUCCAGGCGAGCUCCGUGCCUGGAAUCCAUAUUUAUUUGUAUUUAUUGUGGGCAGCCCCCGGCUCCAGCGGGACCCUCCGACAUCAGGGACUGACCUCACGGAUCCGCCCGCCCCCCGCCACUCCACGCUCCAUCCCUGCUGCCAGGAGUUGGGGGUUGGCAUCGGGCUGCCUUCCCGGUGCCGUCCUGUUCCCGGGCAGCGGCAGCCUUGCCCCCCUCACCCCCGCCACCGGCGGCAGCAGGAGGCUCCGGGGGUGGGGGUCUGCCCCCUGACCCCGCGCUGUCCCGGGCGCGGCCGUGCCGUCACCGCGUCCCGCCGCCGUUUUGUACCAAUAAAGGAGCAGCGCGAUCCCGUGUGCCGCCUCCUGCAGCCGCCGGGCCGGGCUCGGCCCCUCCCGGGCCGGUUCCGGGAAGCGGGGCUGUGGCCCCGUGCCGAGGGUGCUGGUCCCAUCCCGGGGUCUGGGUCUGUCCCGGGAAGCGAGGCUGUGACCCCACGGCGGGGGUCCCCCCCUGCGCCCCACAGGAAGCUGGCUCUCAAGUACCAUCCCGACAAGAACCCCGAUGACCCGGCGGCGGCCGAGCGGUUCAAGGAGAUCAACAGCGCCCACGCCACCCUGAGCGACGCGGACAAGCGCCGCCUGUACGACCAGUACGGCUCCCUCGGCCUCUACGUGGCCGAGCAGUUCGGCGAUGAUGCCGUCCGGCACUACUUCCUCAUGUCCAAGUGGUGGUUCCAGGCACUGUUGCUGUGCUGCGGUGCCCUCACCUGCUGCUGCUGCUGCUGCUGCUGCUUCUUCUGCUGCGGGACGUGCUGCCCGGCCAAAGAGGAUGAGUCUUACAAGUACGUGGACCCCAAGGACCUGGAGGCACAGAUGCGUGCAGAGGAGGGCGAUCCUCAGAUCCCUGUUGUAGCACAGCCCCCGCCUGCCAGCACGGAGCCGCUGCCAGCCAGCACCAGAAGUGACGCCUGAGGCUGGCCCCAUUCCGCCUGCUCCCCCAGGACUCGGGGCAGGGAUCCUCCUUUGGGACUGUCACUUUCUGGGACCAUGGUCCCGCUCCCCCCGACUGGCUCAUCAGCCUCGGGAGGGAUAGAAUCUCAGGUUAAUUUGGCCAGCAUCAAUGCACAGGUUCCUGGGCCCCUGCUCGAGCUCCAGGGCAAUGCCCCUGCGUCCCAGCACUGGUGGUGGCAGUGGCCUGGAGCCCGUGCUGCUGUGGCCCCCUUUAGUGCCUUGCCUGUGCCCCGUUGGGCACCGAGCACCAGGCACGAGCAGAGAUGCUCCAGGCUGAGCUCCGUGGCUCGGGCGAGGGGGCUGAGCGUGUCCAAGACCAUUAGCACUGUAACCUCUGGGGCUGGGCUGAGCCCAGUGCCCCCCUCAUGCCACCCUCCCGAUGGGUGCUGGGUGCCAAACGCUGCUGUGGGGUUGGGGUGCUUCUGUCUGUACCCCUUUCCUCUGCCCUCUGGGUUUGUCUGGGUUUUUGUGGGCACCAUUAAAGGCUGACGGGAGGGGAGUGUGUGUGUGUGCCUGGGCUCUGUCCAGGGCUGCCGGAGCACUUGGCAGCAGGAUGUGCCUCUGCCUGCUGUUGUCCCUGCCAGGGGCUGUGCCCAUGCAUCCUGCGGGGUGCUGGAUGCCUGGGGUGUGCAGUAAGCAGGUCAUGUCCUGUGUGGAGUGGGCAUGCCAAGUGGAGUGAACGUCACUUGUCUCCUGUCACCCAUCUGGUCUCACUCUCUGUCCCCUGCUGCUGGCUCCCACAGGCUCUGCUCUUCCUGCUCCUUGCUGCUGCAGCCCUGGAGCCCUGCUCCCGCUGCCCGGCACCGCCCCUGCUCCUGCCCUGCUCCUGCCCUGCUGGCCGGGAUGGGACCGAGGGGGGCGCAGUGACCCUCUUUCCCUUUCUUCCCAUCUCUGGUCACCGCCUCUGACCGCAGCUGCAUGGGUUCUGCCUCACUCCCUAAAUAUAGACAGGGUGCCAGGGUGAGCGAGGAUGGGGUGUCCUGGCACCAGCCCCUCCACGCUGCUGUUCGGGGGGGCUGGCACUGGGCUGGAGGGACCCCAACCUCCUUCAGCCCUGCUGCGUGCAGAGGGGGGCGCAGAGUCCCCAAGGUGACUGCCAGCCCUACAGCCCCUGACCAGCCAGCCCUGGUCCCCCGGAGCCUCGGCCGCUUCUCUCCGCGCGGGGGAUCCGCGGUCCCGAGACUC